AUGCGCGCUUUCAUCCCCUCGUCUUCGCUGUUCCUCAGCUUCCUUGCCCCUGCACUCGUUGCCGCCAGCGCGCAGAUCCCCUUGGCCGCUCCCGAACAACUCCUCUUCGACUCGCCUGCUCUCCGUCGCGCACCUCCUUCGACUCGCCCUCAGUCAGGAUCGUCGCAACCCAUGUUCCCCUCACGACCCAACCCCUCUGUCGUCGUUGCCGUCGUCGACCCCGCUUCACCAACCACGUCCAGCAUCGUCGAGCCUUCGAUGCUGGCGGAAGCGGACGAGGCGGAGAACGACCAGGAGGACGCGGCCAACUUUGGCGCAUCCUGCACUUUCGAGUCUCAUUCGUUCAAGACCUGCGGCGACUUCUACGAUGAGGUCUCAGGCAUCGACCACGGCUUGUUCUGCUCGCCGUCCGGGAUCUGCGGUGGAAAGGGUGCGGCAUGCGGUGCGAGCGAAGCCUGCGACGAUGGCCUCGUCUGCAACCUCUCCACCCACCGCUGCGUCAAGGCUUCCGCCAAGCUCCUCUCGAUUGAGAACGCGCGGAAAGCGUCCCGCCGCGAGUCUGCAAUGGCACGCUGCCCCGACGGUGCUCAGGCUUGCCCGUCUGGAAUCGGUGGCUUCGAGUGCGUCUUCAUCGCGACCGAGGAUACUGAGUGCGGCGGAUGCCUCAACUUCGGAGGCCGCAACUGCGCUGCGAUUCCGCACGCCCUCGCAACAAGCUGCCGAGGGGGCGAGUGCAUUGUCCAUGCUUGCGUCGCUGGGUACCACCCGGAUGCAGGGAACUCGGAAUGUGUAGACGACAUGUUUGCGUGA